AUGGUCAUCGAUGCGAUGCUCAAGUCGCGUCCGAUCUCCCAUGAUCUUUCGCAGCGCGCCGUCAACCAUCUCAUCGAGGUCGGGUUCCAUGAUAUCCGCAAGCUGAGCGAAAGCAGCUGGGAGGAGCGGGCGAUGGCCCUGAAGGAUGGGGGCUACAAUCGGUAUCGAGAGCAAGGGGCGACGAAUUUGGGGAAGAUGGUGGAGCUGGUCAAUGAUAAGUAUGAGGGUGACCUCAACAACCUGUUGAAGCAAGCGAAGAAUGAUCGGAAGAAGACCAGGCAGCUCAUCAAGGAGAUCAAGGGUCUUGGGGAUCUGGGGGCGGAUCUCUUCCUCAACAAUGUCCAGAGCGUCUGGCCCUCGAUGGCCCCGUUCCUGGACGGGCGCAGUCUGGAGACGGCUGAUAAGGUCGGGCUGGGCACGGACUUGGAGGCGAUAUAUGCGGAGCUGGGGCGCGACUGUGUAAGUAUGAGUCGGCUGGCUAACGGACUCCGAAUCGUUAACAUCGUCGUUGGCGUGCUCAUGGUCUUGGGUGGUAUUUCCCAGUUCUUCCCUGCGUCCAUGAGCUCCAUCAUCGUUGGCGUCUAUGUGAUUAUCUUUGGUCUCCUUGUUGGUGGAUUGGAGUUCCUGCCCAACGUUCCCGACUACGUCUACCGCUACGCGUCCUUCCUUUUCUCCUUCCUGGGACGCGGUGGCUUCUACAUCUUCGUCGGGUCGAUCCUGUUGCACGAUAACGUCCUGCGCUAUGUCGCGGGCUCCCUCGUCGGCUUCAUCGGUCUGGGAUACAUUGCCCUGGAGUUCAUUCCCUCCAUCGAGCCUCCGUCUAAUAUGCGCGAGACCGACCAGGGUUGGGGCGCUGAGCAGGUCUAA